AUGUCUGGUGUUGGUGGUUGGAAGCGCGUAGUGGCCUCUUUCGGCCAUAAAAUAAACAAGGGACUGUCGCCGCCGCUUAGACCCGGCGUUAAGACUGGCGAGGCCUCGGCGCUAACAAACUUGGCGCAGCCCAACUUGAGUAUCGUGCACACCGCUCAUUCCUUGAAUAUAAAUGAGCUGCACAAAGUCCCUCCUGUCCUGCAGCGUAGCUCAGCCUCGUCUGCUCAGAACAAACCUACCGAACCCAAAGCUUUUCGAGACAGAUCGCUAUCCCAUGAGCAGUCCGCGCACAAGAAACCCUCGAACCCGGCGACAUAUUUCAUAUGGAUCUAUAUCCUGAUUGGCUCUCAAGCCAUUCGAAUCAUUGGUGUCAAGAACGAAUUCAUGGCCUUUUCUCGCAGAGCGGAUGUCAAGAUAGAAAAGCUUAGAGAGGUCGUCAAACGGCUACAGAAUGGUGAAGAAGUGGACGUGGAGAAGAUCCUGGGCACAGGAGAUGAUAAACAAGAGCGCGAAUGGGAAGAAGUGUUGGAAGAAUUGCAAAGAGAGGACAGAGUAUGGCAAAGCAACAAGGAGAAAAGUCGCGAAGUGAAAGAACGCCUGGCUAAGGAAGAACAAGACGCCAAUCCCGUCAACGACGUUCAAGAAAGGGCUCUAGCGGCUGAUCCGUUAUCUCCAUCGUCUAAUAAUGCUGUUCCACGAAGUCCCGGAUUCUACUGA